CCCGAUGCCUCACUACCAGGCCAUCUCUUCCGCCAUAUCCAGAAAUUUUGGAUGGGGUUCAUUCGAUUGCUGGAAAUUGGAUAUGGAGUGUAAUGGUUGAAAUUAAACAAAAAAAGUGAUGCUACAAGCUUUGCUUCUCUUUAUUCUGCAGAAUUGUCUAAGAAAAUUCUCUCAUUCUUUCCAAACUUCACAGGUUUUCAUCUCUUAUUCAUGUUCAGUAAAGGAGGAAGGUGGAUACUAGUUUAUUUUAGAUCGGGAAAAUACAAUGGCAAUAGAGUGUUCAAGUGAAAAAGGAAAGUCUACAAUUAAUUGAGGUGUCAAUAUGGAUCUAAAUGCCUUCGCCAACCUCAAAAAGCAGAAGGUGAAGGUCCCGAGCCAAAAGGAGCCCGUAAAGCAGAAGCCCCUCGGGGAGAUGAAGAAGGGCGGUGAGCCCUCGGGGGAGGCUGCAAAGCGGAAGGCCGCCGGUAAGGCCCCAAUCCCCGAGGGGAAGAAGCAGAGAAAGGGGGACGCCGGGAAGAAGGCUCCCCUGGUGGUGGUGGUGGACGAGCAUUCCGCCUCCGAGCCCAGUGCUCCGACUGCUCCUUGCCCGCCCUCGGGUAAAGGUGGCGAGGUAAGCUUGCCUCGGGAGGACAUACAGUUCUCCCUGCCGAAGGGGUCUGCCAUUACGCAUGGCACAGUGGACCCCCGGGAAUUUCUGGGCGGGGCUACCCCCGCUCUGGACAGGCGGGCCCUCGGGAAGCUGGAUGAUGAAGCCCUCGAGUCCAAAAUCCUCCGGUCCUCUCUUACCGCUUGCAUAGCCCUCAACGAACACGCCAGGAGGUUCGACGAGUGGCGCCUCCAGAGGGCGCAACAGGAGGAGUCCCUCAAGAAGCUUAUUCAUGAUAAUGCCGAGGCCGUGAGGCAGAUGGCUCAACUGGAGAGGGACCUCCAGCAGGCGAGGGCGGAAGCAGAGAGAGCGGCCAGAGAGAGGGUGGAGAUGGAGAAGGCGGCUGCCGAGGCUGCGAAGAAGGCCCUUGAAGACGCCGAGGCCGCCAAAGCAGAAGCCGCCGCUGCUGCAGUUGCUGCCUUCAUGACCGAGGGCUGGAAGGCCGAAGGCCAUAAAGACUGGGUGGCCUUGGUCAUGGAGAGUUCUGCCGAGGGGUGGGUGAAGGGCCCCGGGGCGAUGUGGCUAGCCUGAAAGGGUGAAGAUUACUACGCCGGGGGGAGUUCUUCACCCAGGCCCUAAUCUACAGGAGGCUCGCCCGACACCUGAAGAUAGAGCCAACGGCCUUCGACCCGGCGGCAUACGGUCUCCCCCCCUCCAGCCUGAUAUCAGAGUCCCCCUUCCCGAGGGCGUCGAGAGGCCGGAACUGGAAGAUUCAGAACUCCUGAAAGAGGCCGAGGGCGAUGAGGCAGAGGUUGAUGCGGAGGUCAUCUCGAAGCAUGCGGAAGAGGCUGCCCCCGGUGUUGACAAUAUGUGAUAUGUACUUGUAGUGUUUUGAAAACCUUUGCUUUUAUUUGUAAUGCAUAUUCGUGUACUCUCGGCCUCGGCCACAUUGUAACAUAUAUACUUUAACUCCUCCCUGAAUGCAUGAAUGUUUGCCUUCGGGCUUUUUGUAUAGUUCGUUUCCUCCGAGUGUUUUUUCUUGAAUGUAUGCC